AUAACAAAUAUUUUCUCCAAUUUAAAUAUUUAAGGACAUUAAAGAGAACUUGAUAAGAUGUCCAACUUAAAGAAGAUAGGAAAUGAAGAACGUGAAUCCAAAUUUGGAUAUGUGUUUGCUGUGUCAGGACCUGUGGUGACAGCUGAAAGAAUGGCUGGAUCUGCUAUGUACGAGUUGGUCCGUGUCGGUUAUUAUGAAUUGGUUGGUGAAAUUAUUCGUCUGGAAGGUGACAUGGCGACCAUUCAGGUAUACGAGGAAACUUCAGGUGUCACUGUUGGUGAUCCCGUGUUGAGAACAGGAAAACCAUUAUCAGUAGAGUUAGGUCCAGGUAUCAUGGGAAGUAUUUUUGAUGGAAUUCAACGUCCAUUGAAAGACAUCAAUGAACUUACACAGUCGAUUUACAUCCCGAAAGGUGUCAACAUUCCUGCUCUUUCCAAAACAACUGCAUGGGACUUCAACCCAUUGAAUGUCAAGGUUGGAUCGCAUAUCACUGGAGGUGACUUGUAUGGAGUUGUCCAUGAAAAUACUUUGGUGAAGCACAAGCUGUUGGUUCCACCACGCGCUAAAGGAACAAUUCGUUACAUCGCUCCACCUGGCAACUACACAGUUGAAGAUGUCAUCCUGGAAACAGAGUUCGAUGGCGAAGUCAACAAAUACACGAUGUUGCAAGUGUGGCCCGUACGUCAACCACGUCCCUGCACUGAGAAGUUACCUGCCAACCAUCCAUUGUUGACUGGUCAACGUGUAUUGGAUUCUUUGUUCCCUUGCGUUCAAGGCGGCACAACUGCCAUUCCCGGAGCUUUCGGUUGUGGAAAGACUGUCAUUUCUCAAGCUCUUUCAAAAUAUUCCAACUCUGAUGUCAUCGUCUACGUUGGAUGUGGAGAGCGUGGUAAUGAGAUGUCAGAAGUAUUGCGUGACUUCCCCGAACUUUCAGUUGAAAUUGACGGCGUUACUGAGUCCAUCAUGAAGCGUACAGCGCUCGUAGCCAACACAUCCAACAUGCCUGUCGCUGCUCGUGAAGCUUCCAUUUAUACUGGCAUCACUUUGUCUGAAUACUUCCGUGACAUGGGCUACAAUGUGUCUAUGAUGGCUGAUUCAACUUCUCGUUGGGCUGAGGCUCUUCGUGAAAUUUCAGGUCGUCUUGCUGAGAUGCCUGCUGAUUCCGGUUAUCCAGCUUAUCUUGGCGCUCGUCUCGCUUCCUUCUACGAACGUGCUGGUCGUGUUAAAUGCUUAGGUAAUCCAGAACGUGAAGGCUCCGUCUCAAUUGUUGGUGCUGUGUCACCACCCGGUGGUGAUUUCUCUGAUCCCGUCACAUCAGCUACUUUGGGUAUUGUGCAAGUGUUCUGGGGAUUGGAUAAGAAGUUGGCUCAAAGAAAACAUUUCCCAUCUAUCAAUUGGUUGAUUUCAUACAGUAAAUAUAUGCGAGCUUUAGAUGACUUCUAUGACAAAAACUUCCCCGAAUUCGUUCCACUCCGAACUAAGGUCAAGGAAAUCUUGCAAGAAGAAGAAGAUUUGUCGGAAAUCGUGCAACUCGUUGGUAAAGCUUCAUUGGCUGAAACAGAUAAAAUCACAUUGGAAGUUGCGAAGCUCUUGAAAGAUGAUUUCUUGCAACAGAACUCUUAUUCGUCAUACGAUCGUUUCUGUCCCUUCUACAAGACCGUAGGAAUGCUCCGUAACAUCAUCGCAUUCUACGAUAUGGCUCGUCAUGCUGUUGAAUCAACAGCACAAUCAGAGAACAAAAUCACAUGGAAUGUCAUCCGUGAUUCAAUGGGCAACAUGCUUUACCAAUUGUCAUCAAUGAAAUUCAAAGAUCCAAGUUUAAGAUCAAGAAAGUAUCUGAAUAGAGCCAUAGAAAUGGCUAAUCAAAAUGAGAAAAUCCUCAUGAGUUUGUUAUCAAUCGUGGAAAACGAUAAAUGUUGCGAUUGUGGUAGCAGAGAUGUUGAAUAUGCAUCAUACAAUCUCGGAAUAUUUUUAUGCUGCGUUUGUUCACAAAUUCAUCGAAGUCUCGGAAGUCAUUUGUCAAAAAUCAAACAUUUAUCGUUAGAUUAUUGGGAAGACUCACAAAUCAGACAGUUGAUGGAUAUAGGAAAUAAAAAGGCCAAACUUGAAUAUGAGAAAAGAAUUCCAGCAUGCUACAGAGUCCCGAAAGCGGGUGAACAACAUUUACAGACGCUUUUGGAACAAUUCAUAAGAUCAAAAUAUGAACGAAGAGAAUUUGCAAAUCCAAGACAAAUGCCAAGUUUUACUCUCGGUAAGAUGGAAAAUUAUCUGAUGAAAAAAGGAAAAGAAGAUAACAAAUAUCAUCCGAGAAAGUUUGUCUUAAACGAAACAGACGACACACUUCGGUAUUACGUCAAAGAAGAAAAAAGUCCAAAAGCAAUCCUAAGAAUAUCUGAAUUAAAUGUAGUAUUUGCACGACAAUUUAAAUCUGACAUGGUGCACAAAAAUUGCUUACAAAUAACUUAUCUCAGCCCAGCAAAUUCGACUCGUCACAUUUUUGUUUAUCAUGAAGAUGCAGAAAUCAUCAUUAAUUGGUAUCAAGCAAUUCGAUGUGCAAAACUGCAUUACUUUCAAGUUGCAUAUCCAAGUGCAAACGAAUCAGAUCUUUUACCUUUGCUUACAAAAGAUUUUGCACGUGAAGGAUAUUUAAUGAAAACUGGCCCUCGACCCACCGAUGCGUAUCGUCGACGAUGGUGCACACUUGAUCGACGAAAGCUUAUGUAUCACAACGACAUUCUUGAUGGUUUUCCAAAAGGCGAAAUAUUUAUUGGUCACAGUUUGGAUGGAUAUUGUAUUCGAGUAGGAGUGGCAAAUGAUUUCAAGGAUCAAGGAUUUAGUUUCAGCUUAUUUACCCCAGAAAGAAUUUACAAUUUCUCAUCAUCAACAUCACAAGAUCGUGAUGAAUGGAUGAACGCCAUUCAAAAAAUCAUUGAUAAGCCUCUUACACCAGCUGAUAUAUCACUCUGUGCUCGCCUGGAGAGAAAAAGAAAUGUCACAAUGAACUUUCUAUCAGGGAGAUAACAGCAGCAAUCAUAGAUAAUAUAAAACAAUCUCAUAAACUAAAUUUCUUGCAUUGCAUUUUCAAUAUAGCUCAAUACUAAAGUUUGGUUUUAUAUAUAAAUAUUAAUGAAAAGAAAAUGAAAGAAAAAAGAAGAAUUGAAUGAAACGUCUGCAAUAUAUUUGAUGAUAGACGCAAUUUAAUGAGAAACAUAUCAGUGUGUUGAACAGAGAGCGAUUCGCUUUAGUUAAAUUAAUAUAACUAUCUACAUAAGUAAGUAGAAAUAUUCUAACAAUGCAAAAAUCGAACCUUCGUAGACAUCCAAAUCACUGCCGAUAGAAGAAGGAAGGAAGAUUAAAGUAAGAAAUUUUACCAAAAUAGUUUGAAUCUAAAAUAAGCUUAGCGGAAAAUUUUAUUGGUAUUCUAAAGUAAUAACUUAGCAUUGAAAUCUUUUGUGUGUUUUAAAACGACGAAGAUCUUAUAUAUCUACUAUUUAGAUUAAUUCUAUAGACUGUGUAAUGGAACUUAUCACAAUAUCUUUUAAUCAGGGAAGAAAAAUAAAUUGCUCGAAAAUAAUAUAAAGCUAAAAUAAUUUGAGAUCAUAAAUCGAUACAUUACGAGAGUGAUCUUGAACGAAAAGCAAAGCGCAGGUAUCUAAUUGACAUUCAUUAAUUGAAGUUAUAAAAGUUAUAUUUUUCGAGCAUCGCAUGCUUUUAAUUCAAACGUUAACUAAUAUUCCCAGAAGUAUUCUUGAGGUUUUAUUUAGCUGAUAUAAUUGGAAUUUUGAGCGUCAAUAAUCUAUUUAAAAAUACCCUUGCAUCACCUUGAAAGAACUCAUAAAACAUAGCAAACUUUAUUCUCCAUCUCACAUUCAAUAAAAUUGGGUUUAGCCCAACAAAAUGAAUUUAAAAUCUUUAAUUUACAUCUUAUUGUAAAUGGUGUGCGUUUAACUGAAAAGCAAA